AUGGCAACCACGGCAGACGACGAGUGGGAUCCCUCGCUUCGCGGCUGCCACCACCACAACAAUAACAAUAAUAACAACAACAAUAAUAAAGACAACGAAGCGGGGGAGACGGCCAACUCACCUCCGACGGGCUCGACCGAAGCCGGCGGGAAGACGUCGCAUUGCGUCGGUAACGGCUCGGUCAUCAACCCCGGCGGAGGAAAUAAUGGAAAGUGGGUUCGGCUCAACGUCGGCGGCACCGUCUUCCUGACAACAAGGCAAACGCUACUUAAAGAACAAACUUCGUUCCUGUACCGAUUGUGCCAGCAGCAAGACUUGCACUCGGACACGGACGAGACAGGAGCUUACGUGAUCGACAGAGACCCCACCUACUUCGGACCCAUCCUCAACUACUUGCGGCAUGGCAAACUGGUCUACAACAAGGAGCUAGCUGAAGAAGGAGUGCUGGAGGAGGCGGAGUUCUAUAACAUCACGCCUCUUAUUAAACUCAUCAAGGAGCGCAUUUUAGAGAGGGACUCCAAGUCCACGCAGCAGGUUCCCCCUAAGCACGUCUAUCGAGUGUUGCAGUGCCAGGAGGAGGAGCUGACCCAGAUGGUGUCCACGAUGUCCGACGGCUGGAAGUUUGAGCAGGUCAGCGUGCGCGCCUGCAGAAAGCCCCGCACUGGACUGCUCUGGACUAUGGUGAACAUCGGUUCGUCGUACAGCUACGGAACAGAAGAUCAGGCAGAGUUUCUGUGUGUCGUUUCCAAAGAGCUUCACACGCCCGGUUCCGGGUUGGGUACAGAGCAGAGCCACAAAACUAAGCCGACGGAGACGCAGGAGGAGGAAGCGGCGAAGGAGGAGGAGGAGGAUGCAGAGGGAGGGAGAGAAACCGCACCGAAUGAGUGGCUUAGAGAAUGA